AUGACAACAGAGAAGAGCCCGGCGGCGGACGCCGACAGCUCGGGGCAGCAGCAAGCCAAGGAGGAGGAAGGAGCUGCUGAAGCACAAAAGCAAGAGGCUUCCCUCGAGGAAGGGGCUCGGCAGAGGUCGGAGGGGCAGAAGCAAAAGGCCUCCAACGGCGACACCCCCACGCACGAGGAGCAGAGCAAGAAGGAGCGACGCAGCUCUGAGGGCCGCGGCCUCUCCCGCCUCUUCUCAUCCUUUCUCAGGAGGCCCAAGUCUCAGGUGUCCGAAGAGGACAAAGACACUGAUGCUACUAAAGAGGUGGGAGGUGACCAGAAGGACCCAGGGUUAGGAGCCAGCCCUGAUGAAGACGUCCUGGUGAAAGCCCCAAUUGCAGCUCCUGAGCCGGAGCUGAAAACAGACCCGUCGCUCGAUCUGCAUUCCCUGAGCAGUGCAGAAACACAGCCUGCACAGGAGGAGAGAAGGGACGAGCAGGAGCCAGACAGCCGAGAGCCUGGGGGCAAGGAAGGAGGGGAAGCCAAGGAAGAAGGAGCCAAACCAGAGCCAAAACAAGAGACUCCAGACACCAAAGCUGAGAAGGAUUUGAAAGCUGCCCAGAGAGCAGUAAAAAGACACAGAAACAUGUACUGCAAAGUCGUCUUGCUGGAUGACACCAUUUUUGAGUGCUCUGUGGAUAAACAUGCCAAGGGGCAGGAUCUAUUGAAGAAAGUCUGUGACCACCUCAAUCUGCUGGAAGAAGACUACUUUGGAUUGGCCAUAUGGGACACACCAACCUCCAGGACGUGGCUGGAUCCUGCCAAAGAAAUAAAAAAGCAGGUUCAUGGAGGCCCCUGGGAUUUCACCUUCAAUGUCAAGUUCUACCCCCCUGACCCUGCACAGCUGACUGAGGACAUAACCAGGUAUUAUUUGUGUCUUCAGCUCAGGCAGGACAUCAUGUCAGGGCGGCUGCCCUGCUCCUUUGCAACUUUGGCUCUGUUGGGAUCAUACACAGUCCAGUCUGAACUGGGAGACUAUGACCCUGAUCUCCACAGCCCAGAUUACAUCAGUGAAUUCAAAUUGGCCCCAAACCAGACAAAAGAGCUCGAGGAGAAGGUGGUGGAGCUUCAUAAAACAUACAGAUCCAUGACUCCAGCCCAAGCAGACCUGGAAUUUCUCGAGAAUGCAAAAAAGCUGUCUAUGUAUGGAGUUGACCUUCACCACGCCAAGGACUUGGAAGGAGUGGAUAUCACUCUGGGAGUCUGUUCCAGUGGCCUUCUUGUUUACAAAGAUAAGCUGAGAAUCAACCGCUUCCCGUGGCCCAAAGUGCUGAAGAUUUCCUACAAACGCAGCAGCUUCUUCAUCAAGAUUCGUCCAGGGGAGCAAGAACAAUAUGAAAGUACAAUUGGGUUCAAGCUACCAAGUUACCGGGCAGCAAAGAAGUUGUGGAAAGUCUGUGUUGAACAUCACACGUUUUUCAGGCUGACAUCCACCGAGGCCAUCCCAAAGAGCAGGUUCCUGGCCCUGGGCUCCAAGUUCCGCUACAGCGGGCGGACGCAGGCGCAGACCCGGCAGGCGAGCGCCCUGAUCGACCGGCCCGCGCCCCAGUUCGAGAGGACGGCCAGUAAGAGAGCCUCCAGGAGCCUGGAUGGAGCAGUGGCUGUGAUAACCCCCGAGAAGAGUCCCCGUCCCACCUCUGCCCCAGCCAUCGCUCAGACCCACGUUGCAGAACCAGUCCCAGCUAAAUCCACCCUGAAGGAUGUGGUCAUUGCCUCUAAAGUAGAAAAAGAAACAGCAAAACCUGAUGUGAGGCGUGAAGAAAUUCCACUGGAGAAAGCCAAGGUGGAGGCAGCUGAUGCUUCAAAGGUGAGGAAAACCCACAUUGAGGUCACAGUACCCACCACGAAUGGUGACCAGCCCCAGCAGCCUGCAGAAAAAGAGGAAGAGCUGAUAAGAAUGAGGAAGAAGAGAUCAAAGAGGCUAGAUGGUGAAAACAUUUAUAUCAGGCAUAGCAAUUUAAUGUUGGAGGAUCUAGAUAAGACCCAAGAAGAAAUCAAGAAGCAUCACGCCAACAUCAGUGAGUUGAAGAAGAACUUCAUGGAAUCCGUCCCGGAGCCUCGGCCGAGUGAGUGGGACAAACGUUUGUCCACUCACUCCCCGUUCCGAACCCUCAACGUCAACGGGCAGAUUCCCACGGGAGCGGAUGGACCACCACUAGUGAAGACCCAGACUGUCACCAUCUCCGACGUGUCCAGUGCUGUCAAAAGUGAGAUUCCCACAAAAGAAGUCCCCAUUGUCCACACAGAGACCAAGACCAUCACCUACGAAGCUGCACAGACAGAUGGUGGCAAUGGAGAUCUAGACCCUGGCAUCCUGCUGACUGCUCAGACCAUCACUUCAGAAACCACCAGCAGCACCACCACCACCCAGAUCACAAAGACUGUAAAGGGUGGCAUUUCAGAGACACGGAUUGAGAAGAGGAUUGUCAUCACAGGAGAUGCAGAUGUAGACCAUGACCAGGUUCUAGCCCAGGCAAUAAAGGCAGCCAAGGAGCAGCACCCAGACAUGUCGGUGACCAAAGUGGUUGUGCACCAGGAGACUGAGAUUGCAGAGGAGUAG